UCCAAGCAGCGUAACACCAAGCCGGAAGUACAACAAACAAUUGCUGCUACGUUAGCCGCUAAAUGCUCAGCCUUUCGCUGGUCACCGCCAAUGUCAGCAGCACACACAACUAUGUCGAAGUUCCACCACCUCAGGACUUUUGUCAACGAGCGACUGACUGCCGCCGCCGAAGAGAUAUUUGGUGUUUUCGAGAAAACUAUGGUCGCCUAUGAGGCGGAGAUGGAUCGUCGGUUGAAGCUUCUGGAUGUGGCCUGCAAACCAGCACACAGAGCAGAAUCUCCACAGCCGAGUCUGUGUCCCCAGGAGAGCAUCUCCAGUGUGGAGCAGGAGCUUCAAGAGCCCACACACAUUAAAGUGGAACAAGAGGACCUUCUCAAUGAAGAGCAUCUUCUUCCAAAACAGGAGGAUUACUUUUCCAAUCGUGAAGCCCUUGGAGCCUGGCCACUUGUUUUGGACUGCGAGCAGAAUGAAAGUGAGGCGGAAAAAGACGCCACAGCUCCGAGGUUACGAUCAGAAUCGGAGAGUGGUGAUUUUGAUGUGUCAGGACUGAACGGCGAUCAUCCAAUGCUCUUCCAGGACUACUAUCCAGAAAAUAACCAGGAGUAUAUCACUGACAACAUGGCGUCCACAUCUGCUCGAAGCAUUAAGUUGGAAUGUCAUGACCAGGACCUGGAGAACACAGACAUUCAUUGUCAGGAGCAGCUUUUUGAGCAGCCUUUCCACUGCGGCACCUUCCACGCAAACUCCCACUUGUAUGCCCAAGUAGACAUGAGGGCCCUCUCUACCGACAAACCUUUCAUUUGCAACAUUUGCGGGAAGGGAUUUGGUUUCAAACGUUACCUGGCGCAGCACAUGAUCACCCACUCCGCCGAGAAGCCGUAUGUCUGCAGCAGAUGCCGGAAGACCUUCCGACGCCAGCAAGCUCUAAAGAUCCACAUGAGGUGUCACACGGGCGAAAAGCCCUAUUUCUGCAAAACCUGCGGGAAGAGAUUCUGCCAGAGCUCAGCGCUCAGAGUUCAUCUAAGAGUCCACACGGGGGAGAAACCAUACCCCUGCAAAAUGUGCGGGAUUGGAUUCCGUAGCCUACCGGUGCUGAGAAACCACAUCAGGAGGAGCCACGAUGGAAAGAUGCUAUAGAUCCUCAAAUGAAAGGAUGUAAAUGAAGCCUUUAGACUUUCCUGGUGACUGCUCACUCCUGGUUGACCAUCAAGGAAAUCACAGACAAGACCGCACAAUUAAAUAAAGUGCAACACUCUGGUAAAGACAUGUUUCAUAUACAUCAUAAUAUAUUAAUAUUUGGACCACAGACUUCUCUAAGCACAUUGUUGGCCACAUUCACACUGCCUGAUUUGGAUUUUUUAUUUUUGUUAAAUACCGUCUUUUUAUGUAUUACCAAAAAUAUUUCUAAUGUGAGUCCGUAAAGUAGCCCGCAUGCACAUGAUGUCACACUGUGUUUACAGAAGUAAACAUUGCUCCAUUUCUCGUAACUCUC